AUGCAGACAAUUUCCGAGUUCGGAUCCAUCAACGUCAGACGAGAUCGUGCUUUUUCAAAGGUAGAACGUUCGUCGUCCGAACUCGACGAUGACGACUCAGACUCGCCCCUCCGCGAGGGCCGCAGCACCCUCAGCUCUUUUGCUCCUUUCCCGUCGCGCCUUGGCCAGACAGAAGCACCUGCGCCAUCCCUCGAGCUUAUGAGAAGUCAAUUCGACGAUUCCGACGACGACGACAAGCUCGAAGGCCUUCCUCAUUCCAUCUCCAAGGUCUCCAACAGAGCACGCCUUGCUGCAAUCGGAACUGCAAGUCGCCUCUUCAAGGGCAAACGUCACAGUCGCAAUUCUUCCCACACCACUCCCCUUAAAUCCGACACGCCAGAUCGUCCAGCUCCCCUCGUGCUUGACAAGUGUAGCAACAAGCAACACCAUGCCUCAGUCGCAUCUAGCUCUGUCCUCAGCGGUGUGAGUUCCGUAAUUCGUCCAGCCCUCUUCAAUCAUCAUUCUGCUCCCUCGGAGCUCGGCUCCUCAUCUCAAGAGGACAGGAGCCGUAUCGUCGCUUCCACCGACCGAGACUUGAUCCGCGGUCUUCAGGGAGGUCCGAUAAAGACCCGCAGCAAGCCAGUAGAGCAAGCAAAGGCGCUUCCAAGCCCUCCAGAUCAUAACCGUCCCUCACAUCGUCGUCAAGUCUCGGUCGAUCCAAGACCCGCGUACGUUGAAGAAAGACAUCCACCUCCCUACUGCGCAUCCCAUGAGCUUCGCCUGCGUCAAGAGGCAAAUCUGAGGAAGUCGCAAUCCUCAACCACACUCCGAUCUGACGCACGCUAUCCACAGCGUAGCACGUCACCUCUGCCAGACGUGGCUGGUCCUCAGGCGAUCAAGCAGCUUCCACAGCGAGCUCAUCACGUAGAGCGCAGCGCUUGGGAGGCCAUGCUCGAUACUCCGCCAAGCACUGUCAGCGAUCAUAGCAGCACCAGCUGUACUCGAAACAUACAGACGCAGGCACCCACGGAGUCUCCACGCAAGCGCUUUCCUCAGCGUCUGCCCCCGCAAAAGCCUCCCCCGCAGACGUGUCUGCCUCCGCCCCCACCUUCUAAGGGCCCAACAGGUGACCAGCCUCCCUCCUUUGCGUCCAAAAUAUCAGCUGAGAUUGUUACGCCUGGGGACAAGGCGGUUCCAGCCUCAGACGAUGGGCCCCUUACCUGCCCGGCGCCACUACAGCGUGUCUCGCAAGCGAUCCCGGACCGAGCGUCUUCGCUGCGACAGGACUCUCAGGUGACGCUCGACGUUGGCGGAACCAAGUAUGUUACCUUGGUCUCUACGCUUCAAGGCGCGCAUGGCGACAAACCGCGUCUUCUCGAGCUGCUGAAAGAUCGACGAGAGCAUCGCAAUCCAGAAGUUUUCGAUGCGCUCUGCAAGGACGCCUCUCUAGCUCGACGAAAGCGUGUCGACUCGACCCGGCCGCGUGCCUAUCGGAAGCGAUCCGACUCGGAUCAGAGCACUCGCAGUGCACUGUCCCAGCUGUCUGAUGUCCUAGACGACGCGAGUGUUGUCAAGAAGCUGACUAGCGAGCUCAAUGCCGCGCUGGAUUCGAUGAAGGGCGUGGAAGGAUCACCGUCGUGCAGCUCAUUGCCUGCGUCGAGCUCUGACUCUGGCUCGAACUCGGAUUCGGACGCCUCAACUUGCCGUACCAGCGACAUGUCGGAUGCUUCGAGCUGGUCGAAGGAAGCGCCAAAAGCCGAGAACGUUCACAGCACGGACGAAGACAAGCAAGACAAGGAUCUUUCGCCGCACCACCUCCUUCCAAGUCCGCCCCCGGACCGUUCAUCGACUACAAGCCCUGCUUCACCGCCGAGCAUCUUCGUGGAUCGAAACGCCGACCUCUACCGCGACUUGCUCGACAUUCUUCGCGCUCACAAACUGCCUUACCGGCUUCGAGCAUCCUUCGUCGUCGCGUCCACCUCAUCGUCGAGCAGCAACCCUCAAGAAGAUGGAGAUCGAGCGAUUAAGUUUCAGCUCCGAUGCCGUCUGCAUGAGGUCAAGGACGAAGCAGAGUGGCUGGGAUAUCAGUCCAUCGUCACGAUGUGCGAGCAAGAGCUUGCUGCCAUUUGA